GAAAUUUAGCGAUACAGUCAACUAUAUACAUGUCCGUCUUAUUUUGCAUGGCAACCAAGCAAGAAACAGGUGCUGGAUGUCCUUUCACUGAUGUUUAAUUUGUGUUUCUGGAUUUAAAACAAUAAGAAAACAUGGCAUCUGUCAUGUCUGGUUUCCUACCUGAUUCAUCAGGGGUCCAGUUUACAGCACGUCCUGCACUAAGAACAAGAGACUGUUCUCGUAAUUCAAUGAGGAAUGGGCGUUCAUCUUCUGUUGGUUCAGCAUCAGAUAAUGGUAUUCUGUCUCCAAAUGCUAGUUUAUCUAGUAUAGAGAUAGAAGCCUUGCUGAGAGAGAAGGUGAGGGCCAAGUCUGACAGCAUCAUACAGGCAUUUAGAACGUAUGACGUUGAUCAGACUUCCAGUGUAACUAAAGGCGAGUUUAGGCGGGUUCUUGAGUCCUACUGUAGCCCUCUUACCACAGACCAAUUUGAAGCAGUUCUUGCUAAGGUGAGCAAAAAUCCCAAUGGAACAGUGCGCUAUGCUGAUUUCCUGGACAAGUUUCAUUCAAAUGGACAGUCAAAUUCCCCAGCAGCCCGUCAACAGGUCAACAGAAUUACAAAUGGUGUACCAAAAUUGAUUGAAAAGCUGCUGAAAGAAAAGAUUGAGAGUAACCUGAAGUCAGUUGUGAAGGGUUUACAGUUGUUUGACUAUAAUCGUGAUGGUCGUAUACAGAGGCAUGAGAUGAGGAGAGUUAUAGAGAACUACUGUUUUAAACUCUCAGAUCAACAAUAUGAUAAAUUGUGGCAGAGAUAUGACUUCCAUCAUACAGGGAUGGUGAGCUACAAAGAUUUUCUCAGUCGUUUAGGAGUCAGUGUACAAUCUCGUAACAAACCUCCUCAAGAAGGUGCCAUGGCAGAAGAGGAAGAAGAAGAUGACCCUGCCCUGAACUGGCAACAGAAUACACCUCACCCACAUAUGAGGAACUUCAAACAGAGACAAGAAGAUGAACACAUGUUACAGGCAAUGAACUUUAGAGAAAUUGAAAUAGAAUUUAGGAAAAGGAUGAGAGACAACUAUGUGAAUCUGAAGAAAGCAUUUAUGGUGUUUGAUACACAUCUAGAUGGUUUUGUCUCUGUGGAGAAUCUUCAGUCUAUUCUAACACAGUUCACUAUACCAAUGUCCAAACAACUCUUCUCACAAAUCAUGGAUAAAUGUGGAGUGAAAGCCACUGGCAGGAUUGCUUGGGAAGAUUUUCUUGAAAAGUUUCAAGAACCAGUUAUGACUGGAAAUGGACAAACACUACCAAUAAGACCCAAUCACAAAUUUUUCCCAAUUAAAGAAGGGAUUGAGACUGUAGAAGUUGAUGAUAUAUGGAAACUGCUUUAUAAGCAUGUUCAAAGCAACUAUGGUUCAUUUAAACAAGCAUUCCUCCAGUUUGAUGUGAACCGCAAAGGAAGAGAGGGACAUAAGUGGUUGAACUCUGUUCAUAAAGUCAAUGAAAGCAACAAACCGGCAAUUCUAGCCUGGGAAACAAUAGAGGAGAUAUUGAAGGAAAAGAUAACAGAGUACUGGAAGAAUGUAUCAUCAGCAUUAUUAGAUUAUGACUACAAGGGCAAUGGUUACAUCAGUCACAAAAAUCUGAGGAAAGUCAUCGAUAAUUAUGUCCUACCUGUAUCAGAUGAACACUUUCAAAGUAUGUUGAAUCGUUGUGAAGAUAGAACAGACAGUCAAGUUAACUAUGUAGAAUUUUUGGAGAAACUGAAGGUUGAUGUGAAGCCGAGUGACCUUGAAGGUUUGAGUACACAGAUAUUUAAUGGUAGUAUAGAGAGAGAGAUGAAGAGACAGGAAGAUUUACAAUAUAGAAAUAAUAAAAUAGCUGUAGCGGCCCAUGUGAGAACGAAUGAAAUGACAGCUGAUGAGGUGAUAGCUAGAUUAAAGGACAGGAUGGCACAACAUAGUCAGGAGUUCAAGACAUUUGCUUUCCUUCAUACGAUGUUAGAGGCAAAGGGGUUUCGGUUUUUCAAAAGAAAGGGUUUUGGGCUGUCACAGGUUCUUCUGUCAUUUGGGUUUUCUAUGUCUGAUGAACAGUUCAACAUUCUUGUCUCAAAACUUAACUUCAAUGAACGCGGUCGAAUGCAGUAUACAGAUUUUAUAUCAAAUUUUAACGACCCUCGGCAUGGUGGCCCAUCGGAGGAUAUUGUAAGAUCUGGUAAUCAUCGUGUGAAUGCAAUCAGGGGAGAUCAAUUUGGUAUGAGCAUAGAAGAGGUGGAGAAAAAAUUAGCGAGCAAAUUAAGAGAAAACUUUGCUAAUUUGCGAGGUGCAUUCUACAAGUUUGAUGACAAUCAUAAAGGAGCUCUUACCAAGGAUAGUUUCCGUCGACUGUUAGACUCAUUUUUGUGUUUUCUUAGUGAUGAACAAUUUGAUGAAUUUUGCAAUAAACAUGGAAUUACAAAAAGUUCAAAAAUAACUUACCCGGAAUUCCUGAAUCGGUUUGAAGUAAGAGAUACAGUGGAGGGACAUAAAUGGCUGAAAUCAGUACAUAGGUUCAAUGAAACUCAGCCAACACCAGAAUUGACAGCAGAAGAUGCUUUUGAUAUAAUCAGGAGAAAAGCUCAUCAGCAGUUCAAAGAUAUAUCUCAGGCUUUCAUCAAGAUAGGUACAAACAAAUCAAGUGGUGUACUGAAGAAGAGAGAUUUACGUCAGUUACUGUUAACAUUUGUAAUGCCUGUAUCAAAUGAGGAGUUCCAAAAACUCUGGCUUAUGUUCGAUACAGAGAAUGUAGGUUACAUUACCCAUGAUACAUUCCUGCAGAAGAUAGGUGCAUCUGAGUUUACUCCGGGUGAUUUGUUUGGAAUGAGUUCUAAAAUAAUCGACCAAAGUCGUCAGUUUUUGGAGGAUCAUAAUGAGGAACAACAACAGAAACAUGAGAGAAUUACACAUAUACAGGCUAAUCGUGCUGGCUUUAUGACUGUAGAAGAUGUGGAAAAAGCCCUCAAGGAUAAGAUCCGUGACAAUUACGAUGAUUUCAAUAAAGCAUUCAGAAAAUAUGACACAGAGAAACGAGGGUCACUCUCCAUUAAUGAGAUACAAAAAGUUCUCAUUGACUUUAACCUCUUCCUAGAUGAUGAACAAUUCUUCACACUUCUUGACAGAUGUGGACUUACUACCCGUAAAAGUAGAUUAAAUUAUGAACAGUUCCUGGCAGCUUUUGAAGAGGGUCGUAAAUCAAGUUAUGGUCAACGGAAGGGGGAUGUUCAAAUAGAAGAACAGCCAGAUCUGACCAAUCAGGAGGCAGAACACAGACUACGGGAAUUAGUGGCAUCACAAGUUGAAGUUUUAGAAAGGGCUUUUGGUGCGUUUGAUAAGGAUUGUAGUAGCCGUGUAACUCUGACCGACUUCAGACGUGUACUCGACUUGUUCUGUUUCAAGUUAACAGAUGCACAGUGGAAAUUUAUUGUACCAAAAUUAACUGUAACCGGGGACAAAGUCAACUAUUGUUUAUUCCUGGACAGUUACACAAUGUCAGAACAAGAGUACAAGAGAGCACGUAUUAAAGAACAAGUACAAGAUCUAGACUGGAAGGAUUCAGAGAGGUGGUUGGCCUCUUUACAGAAGUCUAUACGUUCACAGACCCCUCAUUUGAUGGGCACAGAUGAGGUAGAGUUGAGGCUACGAGAGGCUGUAAUGGCUCACCCCUAUAACCUCGCACAGGCAUUCCAGGAAGCAGACUUUGCCAAUAUGGGAGUCGUUUCAAAAGAUGAUUUUAAAUCUGUUCUCAGUAAAAAUCUCUUCCGACUGUCAGAUGAACAGUAUGAGAGGUUAUGGCCAUGCCUGUCUAUCAACGAGUUUGGGAAUGUGAAUUAUCAUGAAUUCUUGAAAAAGUUUUCGAGUGAGCCACCAAGACCUACAAUGUUACCCCCUCCCACGCCACUUCAGAGGUCAAACUCUGUUCUAAAUACCAAUAGGAGACCUGACAGCAUGGCACUGAGAAGAUCUACUACCAGGCUUGACAUGAUGCGUCCCGGGGCAAUGUCAAGGUCACAGAGUAGGAUGGCCACACCCCUUGUAAAUGCUGAGGUUGCUGAAAAUGUUGUAAAGAACACAAUAUACAAAAACUGGAAACAAAUACAACAAAUGUGUCGACAGAAAGAUGUAGACAACUCGGGAACCAUCAAUGUUGUAGACCUUAAAGAAAUAUUAGUUCGCUAUGGAAUGGAUUUGAGUAGCCAAGAAUUUUUAGACCUAUUAACCAAGUAUGACUUGAAGGAGAAUGGCCAGUUCUGUUACUCAGAUUUUCUACGCCACUUUAUCUUGAACUUGAAACCCCAGGAUGAGCCAAAAUCACUACUAGCAAGAAGGAAAAUAGCAACACCAAAAAUAGCAAGGAGUGCUGGUUCGACCAGUACACAAUUUUUCAGUGCCAUGAUGCGACUUCAAGAUUCUGUCAUGACAAACUGGAAGGAAAUGAGACGUCAGUUCCGAGCAUUGGAUCAGGCUGGAACCGGUUUGGUAGAUUCCGUAGAUUUUCGACAUGUUCUACGUCUGUUUAGUGUGAAUUUGGACGAGGACGAGUUUUACCAUGUGAUGUCUUACUAUGAUAAACAUAUGGAUGGAAAAAUCAGCUAUAAUGACUUUAUUAGGGCUUACCUAAACAGUUCAUGAGGCAACAAGAAAGAAUUUUGUUUCAGAGCUUAUAUUGUCUGAUGUUUUAUACUCAGUAUUGAAACCUUUGGUGAGAUUUUACAAACACAAGUGCUUUAAACAGUCAUACCAGUAUUAUAUGGUUUCAGAAUAAGAAAUAUUUAGAGUAAUUUUUGUAUCAUACAUUUUAUUAUUUUGUUGACAUUUAUUUAUAUUGAACCUGUUAUGCAAAAAAAUUUUUUUAAUCAAAUUACUUUUUGAAAAUCAAAUAAAAAUAGUAAAAUGAAUUCAAUGUGUAUAUAAUUUCUUUUUUUCACAUCAGUUUAUUGGAAAGCCUGUGAUGAGAAUAAUCUGUGAUAAUAAGGGGUACAAUAGAAAUGUUGUUUUUUUAUCAAUUUUGUUUUUAUAUGAUUACCAUUAACUGCCAAUUCUUUGUUCUUGUUUUCAUUUGUUAUGUUUUUAUUAGCUCAACUGUGCUCAGAGGUGAGCUUUUAUGAUUGCAUGAUGUUCGUCUUCGUAUUCAAUUUCUUUAAACAGCGUAACCUCUACAGCAUGGUACAUUUUGACCAAACUGUACACGAUUCUUAGUUUGUCCUUCAUAAAAGUUUUAUAAAUGAUUUUAGAUUGAUGCAAAAGUAGAAUACAGGCUUUGGGAUUAAUUUCAGUCUUCAAGUUUGGACCUUUUGUACAUGUGACCAAAUACUGUAUUUUAAAAAUUGACAUUGUCUAGCAACAGAUCUCAAGUGAGCAAUAAGAGCCAUUUUGGCCUUCUUGUUUAUUUUGUUUAAGCAAGCCAUGUGAUUUUUGCCAAAAUGAUGUUUUCACUGUUAAGCCAAGAAAACACAUCAAUUCUCAAACGCUGUACCAAAAUAUAUACAUUGUUUAUAAAGUAGAAGAUAAUCAGUAGCAUGACCUGUAUUUUGAAUGUUGUCAUAAGAACUAUCACAUUUAUAUGAAAAAAGGGCGCUUCCUAUAGAUGUGUCUAGCUGAUUAUACAUAAUCUAUUCUAAUUUGUUAAAUUUUCUUCAGAUAUUUUCCUGCUGUACUCUGAAUGAAAAUAAAACAACAAAGUAUAUUUCCACGCAAGUAAAUUUGAAACUUAUUUCCAAUUCCAAUUAUGUCUUAUAUCUGUUUUGUGUGUGACCAUUUAUUAUUCUAUUAUAUUUUUUUUUUUCUUGUUUUUUUAAAAUGCCCUUGAUUUUGUUGAACAAGGACUUUGUUUUACUAUUUUUGUUACCAUUUGUCCUUUUACAUACAUGUAGUCCAUUUAUUCAUGUAUUUAUAUUUUUCAAAUACUACAUGUAUUUAAGGUUUUAGCCAAAAAGAAUCUGUGAUCAAAAUUUUUGAUACCUACAUGUAAUUUUAUAUGAUGUAGAAAGACGUUUCAUUUAUUUAUUGACUUAUUUAUUUAUGAUAGUUGCUUGAUUUAAAAUUUGUCAUUCAUUAGUAACCUAUAUUUAGCCAUCCUUUAUGUAAAAGCAUGAAAAUGAUUUUGUUAACUUUUAUUGCUUUAUAAAUUAUAAUUUAAAUCCAUAAGUUAAGAUUGGUUUAUAUGCAAGAAGUCAAGUCUAAAGUAAGUAUGAAAUAUGUGUUUUGGUACUGUCAUAGUUUACAAUUAAUAAAGAUUCCAAAAAGGGAAGAUUUUUUAAGAGUAACAAAAGCAAAAAUAAAAGUUGAAAAUUGA